AUCACAUCACCGCCCCCACCCUCCCUGACUUCAUCCCUCCAGCCCCACCACACAAUUGCAGCCUCGCUUUUGCAGCUACGCGUACAGCCAGCCGGGUCCGCUCUGAUGAAUAUUACGUAGAGCGCGGUUGCAAUGCUGUACGGGUGUUUAUUUGUAAUCUGUAUCCGUAUACAAGCAGUGACGUGCGACGUCCUAAUAUAAACAACAUCAGCAUAGGUGAAUUCUCAGCGAAUUCUUGCUCAUCUCUGCUGAUGCACUAGGCAAUACACACACACACGGCAGCAUCAGCAGCAGCGGGAAUAGGCUACUGUGUGUUUUCAAGAAUUAUAUAUUUAUAUGCAUGUAUCUGUGAUACGUACGGAACGCGUAAUAAACACAUCAAUGCACGAGGAGUCAGAAGGCGCACGAGGGGACCAUGCCAGCCCGGAGAGACGGCGCAGGCAGCCGUGAGGUGUCAGACGGAACGGUUCGCGUCUGGACUCGGUUCCUCGACACGGUGGUCAGCGCCGUCGCCUCGGCAGGGCAGCGAUGAAGCGGCAUGGGAUGAGAUCUGGGCAAGCAGGAAAAUUAUUUUACUUCCCAGCCUCUAAUAAUCGACGCAAAAUUGAUUUGGAAUCAAAUUAUCAAACUCGAUAAAUUGUGGAAAAAAAUUCGUGAAAGCCAUCCUGAGGUAUUUUUGUUGUUGCUUUAAUUUAUUUUCUUUCCAAUGAAACUUAAAUUUCCACCGUUGAAAAGAUCGGUGACAACCAGCCUAAAGACGACCAAAACAAAUCAUUUAAAUUAAGAGAUUGCAGGGAAGAGGUAGCCGGUCAGCGGAAAGCUACGCAGCUUAGCAAAUUAUGUUUUUUAAUCGACAACGCUAGCACAGAAGCAGCAGCAAAUGCAAAUGUUGACUCCAGUGAAAGGAUGAUGAGAGCCGAACGAACAAUUCACUUGCCACAGUAUCUCCAGAUUAACACCUGAAGUACCACCACCUAGCCUAAUGCAGCCGGGAGGCCACUGAACCCCAGUGUAGACUGCGAGCGAGCACAGCUAAAACUGGCCAAUCGGCGGACUCGCGUCGCGAUGAAGGGACUCACGGGGAGCCACACUCAGCCGCAGCUGAGCUCGAUGGCUUCCGGCGGCAGUCUGGGCGGCCUCAGCGGGGGCGUCGGCCCCAUGAUGUCGGACGAGACGCUGCGGGCCACGGCGGUGGGCGACGGCUCGCGGAGGGCCUACAUGCUGGGGCCUCCGCCGCCGCUGCUCGAGCACGUGGCGGGGGGCCCGCCGUCCGUGCCGGCGCACCACGGCCUCAUCAUGCCCGGCGUGCCGCCCCACGGUGGCGCCGCGUCGAUGUCGCGCGCCUCCAUGCAGGUGGAGAUGGCGGGGAUGGCGGGCAGCGGCUCCCACCCGCACGGGUUCCCGCUCGUGCUCACCGAGCAGCUGAGCGUCAGCAGCACCUUCCCCAGGAUGCACCACUCCUCCUACUACGACCCGCGAGACGACGGCUCCAUGACGCUGGCGCACCCGGGCAGCCUCUCGGGCCGCAUCCACCGCCUGCCCACCAACCUGCUGGACCAGUUUGAGCGACAGCUGCCGAUGCACGGGCGCGACGGCUUCCGCACGCUGCAGUACCAGCGCCUCACCCUCGAGCAGCGCAGCAACAGCUCGGGGCGCAUCCGCCACCUCGUGCACUCGGUGCAGCGCCUCUUCACCAAGUCGCACUCGCUCGAGGGGCCCGGCAAGGGCCUCAACGGCGGCCUGAGGGCCGACGCGCACCGCCGCCAAGGCAAGGGCGGCAAGGACCGCCGCGCGCAACAGGACGCCGCCGCCGCCGCCGCCGCCAAACAAGUGAAGCCCGGGGCGGCAGGGCCGGCGGGCGCCGGCGGGGGAGCGGCCCCGCCGGCGGGCGGCCCGCUCGACAAGGCCUGCAGCGGCAGCGCGGGGGGAUCGUCUGCCAGCAGCUGGUGGAGCUCCGACACGACCCUCGACCACCACCACCACCAGCAGCAGCAGCAGCAGCACCACCACCACAUGGGCGUUGGGAUUGGCGUUCUGACAUCACCGGUGGGAGGGAUGGGGGGCCUGUCGGGCUCCGGUGGGGGCCUCCAGGCCAUGGGGCUUCAUGGAGCCGGGCCGCCCGGUGGUGGUGGUGGUGGCGGCAGCGGCGGAGGGAGAUUUGGUAUGGUGCCGACAGGCGGAGGCUGUGGGAUGCCACCGGUGGGGAUGCUGGGGUCCGGCGGUGGCGGCGGUGGCGGGGGAAUCAGCAUGGCGAGCACCGCGCUCGGCAUGGGCAUCCUGAGCUCGGCGGGCGGCUUGGGCCCCGGCUCGGAGCCCCCGGGAGCGUCGUACUACAUGGACCCGCCGUGCCCCAGCUACGACGAGCUGCCCCCGCCCAGCACGGGCGGCAGUGGCGGUGGCCCCUCCUCAUCUGCGUUGGCCUCAGCCUCGAUGUCGGCGCAAACGGCCGAGGAGGCAAAGUACAUCAAGCACGGCACGUGGACGGCUCUUACCAUCAACAAGGCGCAGGAGGUGUACCGCAAGGCGUCCCUCAACCUGGAGCGUGGAGACAAGUCGGGGCCCUGCCACUAUCUUCAGGUCCCGCGCGAAGGCUGGAGCACGCUGCCCGAGAGCGGCAGCCGCAGCGGCGACAGCGAGAUCCCGUGCCGCCGCAUGCGCAGCGGCAGCUACAUCAAGGCGAUGGACGAGGAGGAGACCGACGAGGAGGACGAGGAGGAGGAGGAGGAAGAGGAGGAGGACAGGGCACGCGAGGAUCGCGACGACGAGGGAGACGACGACGAGGCGGACGAGGCGGCCGACGAGAUGGAGGCGGCGCCGCUGCCCAAGCUGUCGCUGCACGGCGCGUGCCGGCGCGAGAGCUACCUCAAGGCGACGGGACAGCAGAGCCUGGGCCAGAGCCUGAACGAGCAGGCCUGUCUCAAGGGCUCCCCGAAGAUCUACGCACGGAGCCACAGCUACCUGCGUGCAGUGAGCGAGGUGUCCAUCAACCGUAGCAUGGAGAGCCUGGACCCGAGCACGUUGCUCGGCUCGCCCAAGUUCCGCUCGCGCAACGAGAGCUACAUGCGAGCCAUGAGCACCAUCAGCCAGGCGAGCUGCAUCAGCCAGCUGAGCGAGGUGGAGGUGAACGGGCAGUUUGAGACGGUGUGCGAGUCGGUGUUCAGCGAGGUGGAGGCGCAGGCAGUGGAGGCGCUCGACCUGCCCGGCUGCUUCCGCACGCGCUCGCACAGCUACCUGCGCGCCAUCCAGGCGGGGUACGUGCGCGACGAGGACGACGACGCCGCCUCCUCGAUGCAGUCCACCUCGCCGCCGCCGCCGCCGCUGCCGCCCCCCGCCACCGCCACGAUCAGCACCAUCAAGACCGUCACCAUCACCACGUACAAGAAGACCCCGCCGCCCGUGCCUCCUCGCACCACCUCGAAGCCGUUCAUCUCCGUCACGGCGCAGAGCAGCACCGAGUCAGCACAGGACGCGUACAUGGAGAGCAGACCGCACGCCCACCACCACCAUCACCACCACCACCACCACCACCAACCGCACCACCACCACCACCAUCAGCAACAACAGCAGCAGCAGCAGCAGCACCAACACCAUCAGCAGCAACAACAGCAGCACCAUCACCACCACGCUGUGCACGGUCAGCACCAACAAGGACAGCCGCUGCCCCAGACUCAGACGCCGACGCAGAGCCAGCCGCAGUCUCAGACGCAGGCCCAGACGCAGACGCAGCCUCAGCAGCUGCACCGGGCCGGCGAUCUGAGCUCCCAGACCACCAACUCGUCCUUCAACCAGGACACGGAGGGGCUGAGCAACUCCUCGGAGAGCCUCGACAGCGCCAAGGCCCUCACGGCCGCCAUGGACGCGGCGGCCGCUCAGAUACACGGGCCCGGGCCCCUGGUGGAGCAGAGCCCCACGGUGGAGGAGGAAGACGAGGACGAAGAAGAAGAGGAGGAAGAGGAGGAGGCGGAGGAAGAAGAGGACGAGUCUGAGUCAGAGGAGGAAGAGGAAGAGGAAAUAGAGGUCAAGAGGAAGGAAGAGGAGGAAGAGGAUACAGAGAGAGAGCGGAAACGGGAGCGGGAGAAGGAGGAAGAGAGGGAGAGGGAACGAGAGCGAGAGAGGGAACGGGAGCACGAGAGGGAGCAGGAGAGGGAGAAGGAGAGCAAGGAGAUGGAGGAUGAAUGCAGGUGGCCCUUGCAGCGCCCGGCGCAGCGUCGGCAACAGAGCCCCACGGCGGAGCGAGGCGCCAUGGCGGAGCGAGGCCCCACCACGGCGGAGCGAGGCCCCACCACGGCGGAGCGAGGCGCCGCGUCGGAGCUGCCGGUGGAGAGGGCAGCGCUAGCGCUGGCGGACGUGUCUGUUGCGGAGGUCGACGAGCGGCGCUCAUCCAUCGGCAUUCAGGUGGACAGCCCGGCAAAGUCCUCCGACUCAUCGGUCGAGGUGAAGAAGGUCAGCCGCUUCCAAUCCAUCGGCAUCCAGGUGGAGGAUGAGAAGAGGUCCCACCACCGCUUCGCGCGCUCCAACAGCAUCUCGGCGAGCGUGCAGGCGAACCUGUACGAGGGUGACACGCCGGCGCCGGCCCCCGGCGGCCUGGACCGCGUCCACUCUUGCCGCGGCCUCAAGCCGCCUCCCCCUCCCCCUCCACCACGCCGCAGCUCCGACUCCGACGCCCUCGCUGCCUCCGCCUCUGCCUCGGCUUCUGCCGCCGCCGCCGCCGCCGCGGCCGCGGCCGCCGAAGCCGCGGUGGCGGCGGCGGCCGCCGUCGCCAUGCACCCGCACGUGAUGCGCGGCUACGCCACCGCCGGCACCACGACCCACGACUCGCCUGGGCCGCCUCCCCCGAGCCUGGCGCCCGUCGGGCCUGAACCGGCACGGCCGAACCACCACCACCACUACCACGGCGGCAGCCCCCGCUUCGCGCAGAUCCAGCGGCAGGCGGAGGUGGAACUGGACGACAGCCUGGCAGACUUCGACCCGGCGGGGCUGCCCCCCCCCGAGCCGUGGAUGCCCAACGACGCGAUGGGGCCAUCGCCCGUGCCGCUGCCCUUCCCGCUGCCACCGCCGCCACCGCCUCCGCCGCCGCCGCCGCCGCCGCCACCGCCGCCGCCGCCGCCGCCACCGGUGCCGCCCCCCCCGCAUCAUCUGUCCCGGCACGACGGGCCGUGGUUUGCACGGUUGCUGCGCGCGGAGAGGGAGCGCAUGGAGGGGUGGUGCCACCAGAUGGAGCGAGAAGCCCGUGAGAAUGAGCUCCCGCAGGAAGUGCUCGGCAAGAUCGCCAACGCGGUGGACAGCGCCCACGAGCUCAUGACGGAGAAGUUCCAGCAGUUCCACGAGCUGUGCUACCAAUGCACGGACCCUGGCGCGGACGCAUGGGCAACGUCGCAGGAGAUGGCACGCUUCUGGGAAACGCUGCAGCUCUCCAUCGAGGAGAUCAGCCUCAAGUUCGACGAGCUGCUGCAGCUCCGAGCGAACGACUGGAAAGCGGCCGAGAACGGCGACCGCAAGCGAGAGCAGGACGACAGGAGGGUGGCCCCAACUGCCCAGGCAGACAAGAGGGCGCCGUCUCCCUUGGAAGAGUCCAAGUCGUCCCGGAGCUCCUCGCCGCCGCUGCCGCCCCUGCACAUGCUACCGCCGCCGCUGAUGGCAGAGGAGCGGCGCGCCGCUUUCUUCCGCGAGGAUCGGAAGGUGCCGCCUCCGGUGCCCAAGAAACCACCCAAGGGCUCGUUGCCUUCCUUCCCCUGCCGGCAGCGAUCUGUGGACUUCGACAGUCGGCCGCGGGGCUGGCUGGAGGGCGCCGAGGGCCCGCUGGGCGCCGGGGGCGUGGCGGCGGCGGCGGACCGUGCCGCACGCAUGGAGAAGGCCAGCAGCGUGGAGGCUUCGUUCAUGCCUGAGGCCCAGACGCGGCUUUAGACCAGAGUGUGGGCUCAUGCCAGUCUGUAGACUGGCGUGUGGCCCUAGUUCGGACUGUUGCUGGGGGCUGGCUUUAGGCCGGAGUGUGGGCACAGGGUAGUUUAUAGGCUGGAGUAUGAGCUCAUGCCAGGCCUAUCGCCUGGGUCCAGUUCAGGCGAUAGGCCAAAGUGUGGGCCCAGACUCAGUUGUAGGCUGUGGUGUGGCCUCAGGCUAAGCCGUUGGCUUCAGUGGAGUAAAUGGGCUCUGGCAGACAGUCAUGGGCGACGGCUUUCUGGGACACUACUAUGGGAUGUGGAGUUGACAUUUGAGUUCUGUUCUUUUCGGUUUUCCUUUUCUGUACUUGGGCUAUAACUAAAAUGGUUGUUCAAAAUCACGAUGCUUCUCUCCAUUAUCUUCACCCAUUGUACUUAUCUACUUGUAAGCGUGUCUGUUUGGUUGUUGUUGUUCUUCUCAGUUUUUAUUUGUGCCAAACUUUCCUGCUGCCGAACAGAGGUCAUCUCCUAGCACCGAUGUUGUAGGUUAGGAAGCAGAAAAAUCUGCCGCACAAAAAAUUUACACCGAACAAAAAACGUCCCUAAAACAACGCUCCUUUAAACCAAACCGCGUUGCUGAGCAGUGUUGGCGAAAUCUCGUUUUCUAGGCCUUUUUUGGUGCCAACGGGAAGCAGGGCUUGGCGAACAGUGGCUCCAAUCCUACGCCUCGUGCCACAUUUAUUCAUAACCACAUGGCCAUACCCGGCGCUGAAGCUGGGCCACGGGCAAGCGUCCGUUUGCGAACAGUACAGGGUAUUCAUGAACCUCCGCUAUCGAGGGGACAAUCUUGCGCAGAACUUGCGACCCAUCGCUCUGCCGCCGCUUGUGCCCACGCACACUCUGGGCCCAAAGUGUUUUGUGAAGACCUUUUCGUCCCUGGAGUAACCAUCUUUGCAUUUUUCGUACGGUAGUUAUCAACCCCCUCCCACUAAUAGCCAUGAGAAAAACAGAAUGAAAAGCCCUGUACCAUAUCAUGCACGCAUUCUUUCAGGCCAUAUUGCAUUUCAAUUCACAUUAAUGGCAAGAGGACCUCGUCGCUUCACUACAGGAGAAUAUAACGUGAAAGUUCCGCAAAGUCACACAAAACGCCAGAGCACAAAUGUAAAUGCAGACAUUCUGAGCAAUUCGGUGGGGGGGGGGGGGGCACCCACCAAGGCCCACUACCCAACCACCCCCCACACCCCACCUUCAAGGCUUACAACUCCAAAGGACGUGGGAAUAGAGCGAGUUUGUUUUGACCCAAUGUGUUUUUUAGGAGGUUCCCUCCAUCCACAAGUAGAAGACAACCC